AUGACUAAACGGUCUCAUUCCACCCAGACCGCAACACUGCCUUCAUCACCUCAUUGGCAUCCAGCAGGCGGAAAUUCCCUAUGGUGGAGAUGUUAUGGCGAGAAGUCCGCAGGAUUGUAUGGGCAGUGUAUCGAGAAACAUCGUGCAGCUGGUGAAACACCCUGUUGCGAACUGCACAAUUUGCACGCUUCCCAAGGCGUCUUUCGCGUGCCGGAGUGUUGCAGGGCCACAUACCAUCCCUGCUCCUCCGAUAGCAUCAGUGUCAAAGAGGAACAAUGCAAGUGCAGUCCCGUUGCAAUCUUUGAUUUAGACGGCACCCUCAUUCUGACACGAAGUGGCAAGAAGUUUCCAAUAGACUCGAAUGACUGGAAACUCCUAUGUGAGGAUCGCGUGCCUGCCCAACUCCAUCGGCUGCAUAACGAAGGAUAUACCAUAUUCAUUUUGUCAAAUCAGCUGGGCGUAGGUCUCGGCCAUGUCACACUCACGGAUAUGACCGCUAAGCUGGAUGCCAUUCAGCGCGCACUCCGAGUGCCACUUACCAGCUGCAUUUGCUGUUGUGAUGACUUGUAUAGGAAGCCUCGGCCACCAGCAGCUGCCCUGCUCUUCCGGGAGUUACUUCCUCGAGUGCUUCAAGCAACUGGCUCUGUUUCUUUCGUCACUGGGGGGGCCUCUCAGCACCAAGAUGUUGGUACGCAUAGCAAAUGUAGUUAUCCUCGGAUAUUUUUUGUUGGUGAUUCUGCGGGACGUCUAGGAGACCACAGUUCUGCGGACCUGAAGUUUGCAAUAAAUACGGGUAUGCACUUCUUCACGCCGGAAGAAUUUUUUUUAAACCAUAGAGCUCCCUCUCUGCCCCUUGUUAUUCGCCGGCUCCAGUUAACUACAAAUACCUGCCCCACGAGUGAGGAGGUGAAAGCAAAGGGGCAGAUGCUUUGGGGGGAAGAUGGAAAACUUCAGCGGGGUAAACAGGCGAAAGCGUGCUGCACGUGGGAUCCGUUUGAUCUGGUUAAGGACGUGCAAGCAGUUCGGCUGUCCGAGGCACAUAAUGAGCGCCUAGGAGAGACAAAGGAAAUUUCGGUAACUAAAGCACGAGAAGUGCAGCAAGCGCAACGUCCACCCCAAGAACUGGUCAUACUUGUGGGUGCUCCCGGAAGCGGCAAGAGCACCAUCGUAGAGCGCUUCUUCUCUAACUACGCUGUUGUGAACCAGGAUGACCUAAAAGCAAAGGUCAAGUGCAUAGAUCUAUGCAUUCGACUUCUAAAAGAGGGUAAGAGUGUGGUAAUUGACCGGCAAAACGCAACCCGGAAGGAGCGCCAGUUAUUCAUAGAUCUGGCCCGCAAGCAUGCACCUGCGUGCAGUUUGCGCAGCAUAGCUCUGCUGUGGCCAAAAGAGCUCUGCCUACACCUUGGACAGUUCCGAAGUCUAGCGGCAACGCUACGGAGUAGGCACCUUGUUGAGCGCCCUUCGAUGAUGUUGGAAAGGUCUACUUUGUCUCGAACACGCUAUCGUGUGGAGAAGGUUUCAAAGGUUGUAGUUAACAUGUUUUAUGCUCACGUGGAACUUCCAUCGGCAGAUGAAGGCUUUGAAAGCGUUCAGAUUUACCAAGACAUUGCUAAAGACUUCUUGCUCUACGAGGACUUCUGCUGUGAAGAGGAAAGAAUUCUGUUCGGUUCUUUUCUAGAUUGA